CUUUCUUUUCUGGGUCUACUCAGAUUUGUAGUCUCUUGCACUGAAAAUAUUUUGCCGUUUUCCUACCCAGGUCUUCAGAGUAAUCUGGCCUUUCUGCAGUUCUUUUCAGCAGACCUGUAUUUGAACUCUGCUCCGUAGGGUGAAUCUCUUGUAGUCUUUGAUACUUUACUGUUCAUGACUUUCUGAGACCCCCUCAUGAGUUAUUAAAUGGAACAAUCGUUGAAAAGAUUUCUGCCUGACUGCAAUGUUUACCUUAUCUUGCUGGUGUUAUCAGGUCUGGUUUUCUUCCCUCUGUGGUGUUAAUAAGAAGUCCGAGUGCCUCUUUCAGUCUUUCAUUUAGAAUGGAGUAUCUUCACUUGCUAUCAUUUCCCUGUCUUACGGGUGGGGCAGUUCUAAUGAAUUUCUCGACUGCUGUGAAUUGCUGGUUUCCAGUCUUUUCUUACUCAGAAAUCUGUCCUCCUUUUUGAUUCGGUUCUGAAGUAGAAAUCUAUAUCUGAAAUUCCUGCCUCUUUACAGUGCAUGGCAUAUAUUAGUUUGUGAAGUAUUACAGAAUUACUCUAGGCAUGAAAAAUAAGUAUUUCACAUUUCCCCUUCUAAGUAUGAUUGAAAUGCACUUUCUAAGGUAAGGUACUUAACUGCAGAAAAACACAAACCAAAGUAGAUGUCAAAAUGUGCAGCUGUAGUGGUAGACUGAGCAAGACCUGCUGGUAGAGGACUUGUUUUUUGUUGGAUUAAUGUAUUUGUAGAAGCAUCUCAGUUUGGUUUCUGACUUGGGUACUCCCAUGUACCCAGCAGUCAUAGGCAUUGUAUUUCUAGGAUGUUGUGGGGUUUUGACAUUAUCUUAUUUGUGUUUACUUAAUUUUGUUUUUUCCUUCCCCGAGAAUACUUUUUAAAAUAAACUGAUUUUUUUUUUUGUCUCAUUGUGUGCUUUCCUUAUGAUAAACAUGUGAAUACGAAGAUGGAUGAUGCUUGAAACUCCCGAUUUCCAGAGAGCGAUUUAGCUUGACUUUAUCAGAAGAUGUGUUGGCAAUUCUGAAUGAAAGCCAUGCUGCCAAAGAAUGCUCUUUUAUUUCAGAGUCUGUGCCCCUUGCCAUCGCUGUGGUUCACUGUCUUGUAGUCUCUUAAGGUCAAUUUUACUUCGAGAGAAUGCUCUGAGGCUUCAGGUUUCAUUUAUUUCUGCCUUCAUAGAAACGGAUACAGAAAUACUGGCAAUACAGCGGGGAUUUGAGAGAAUGGAAAAAAACCUGUUUGAUUUUUCAGCCCUGCUUCCUGAAAUUUGGAACAGUGAUCCUUGAACACAGGCCUGACAAUAGACACUUAGAAAUAAAUCAAGACAACAGUGAGAAUAGUAACAGAUGUCAUUAAAAAUAUAUAUCGAGGGACCUACAUGGACUUCUUUAGUGUUUUGCAUGUUCCUUUUUUUGUUGGUUUUUUUACCUCUGGGUUCAUUCAUCAUUGAUUCUUCCUGUGGUAGAACCAGGAACUCACUAAUCUGUGAAAUUCCCUGGUUUAUAUUAUUGCCUGGAUUACACGGCAGGGCAGCAGAAAGUGCUGUAGCUGUGUAGAGAAGAGGCUCUGAUGCAUUUAUGUCAGUAGAUGAAGUAGGACCCUGGGAACUUUUUAUGAGAUGAACUGUGCCUUGCCAGAACAGUGGUGCAACCCCUUUAUCUCGUCUUCAGUUGUGUCAUGGUUGAAUGAUUCUGCUGUGUCCUGCAGCAGCUCAUCUCCAUCAGUAACGGGCACAUUGUUUUGCUGUACUGUGAGUUUCUACCUGCCUAAAAAUGAUAACCAAGACCUUGAUCUCCAUUGUGCAGCUACACAUGGGGGAUAAAACUUAGAGAAAAUACUUUACUGACACAUAAAGAUGAGAUACUUCAUGUUCCCUGAGAUAUUUCACCCUUCUGAGAGGAUUUCUGCUCUGUCAGAAUGUUUAGAGCAUAGGGUUGGGGUGUCGCUGAUGGAGUUGGAAGUCUUUGGAACUGGUAUUUGCUGAUGCUGUACUCGGUUGAAAAUACACUUCGGAAGGCAAAACAAUUCUGCUAUGGACAGGUACUCUUUGUAGUAUGAUGGGUGUAGUGUAUUAUUUACUCUGCAAAAAACCAAGGAGACUGUGUGGAAUUGCUCAGCAACGUCCCUGUCACAAAGCCAUUAAAAGGUAAGCAAUUUAUAUUCAUUUCUAGCAUUUCUAAACUAGACCAAGUACAUUACAUAUGAAUCUAUGUCUUCUGAAGACCUGAGUACUUUCUAUAAAUGGAAGAUCGAGGAUACAGUCUUAUUCUGUAGAGAAAACAGCUGAAGUAUCUUCCAGAAGAAAACAUAAAUGAGAAAAUUGAGUUAUGCCUCCUCAGGCAUAGGAGAAGAUAAAGUCCGGAGAUCAGAAGUGAGGUAGGCUUUAUACAGUGAAGAUGGCUCCUGGGUCAAUAUGGGUAUUCAAUUAUACGUACAUUUUGGCAAGUGUACUUCGCAACUAAAAUGCCUGAAGGAAGGAGAAGAGGAAGAGGAGAAGGAGAAGGGGAGGAGACAAAAGGACCAACUAUUACCGCUGCGGAGGAAGACAGUGUUCGGAAGGGAAAUCUCGCACCGCGUCGGUCCGAGCGGGCGGAGCCACGGCCGGUCCAUCCCCGCCCGGAGCCGCAGCGGGAGGAGGGCGGCGGGCGGCUGCUCACGGAACGAGCCGCGGUCGGACACCAGGUGCCGCUGUUAGCCGCGAAAGCGCCGUCAGACACGGAAGGGCGGCAGCUCCUCCCCGAGCCUCAGUCACGGCGCUGUCAGCGGGAGGAAGAAUGCGGCGGACCGGCCCGGGAGGGGCGCCCAGAAAGCAGAGCGGGGUGCCGCUCCUCCCAGGGAGACCAUAAGGCGAUCGGCGGGGGAGUGACGGAGAGCCGGUCAGGGCCAGAGAAGGGAUCGGAGGUGACAGUGGCAGCGAUGCGUUGGGAAGCCGUGCUGCGGGUGCUGGUGCUGCAGGCGGCCUGGGCGCUGGCGGGCGGGCAGGUGCGCUACUCGGUGCCGGAGGAAGCCAAGGCCGGCACGGUGGUGGGCCGUCUGGCGCAGGACCUGGGCCUGGAGGCGGGCGAGGCGGAGGCGCGGCGGCUGCGGCUGGUGGCGCAGGGCCGGCGGGCGAGCGUGGAGGUGAGCGGGGCGAGCGGCGCGCUGCUGGUGAGCUCGCGGCUCGACCGGGAGGAGCUGUGCGGCAAGAGCGCGCCGUGCGCGCUGCGCCUGGAGGUGCUGCUGGAGCGGCCGCUGCGCGUCUUCCAUGUGGAGCUGGAGGUCACCGACAUCAACGACAAUGCGCCCGUCUUCCGCCACAGCCGCAGCCUGUGCGUGGCGGACGGCGCGGCCAAGAGCGACCUCAUGGUUUUCAGCCCCAACUUCCCUCCGCCGCCGCCCGGUCCUGCUGCAGAGAACGGUUCUGCUGGGAAGGGGCCGUCUCUCUCCCCUCUUGCUUCCAGCAUGUUUGCUAUCUCCCUCAAGGUGAAUGUAAUUGCAUCUUUGAACCAGGUGCCUUUACGCUUAUUUGAUGUCUUAUCUCUCAAGCGCCAAGACGCGCUCAUGAGUUUUUAG